AUGGCGAAAAAUAUGCGUAUACCACCAACGAAAGGGACGAUGAAGGAUCCGAACCCGAGGAUUCGGCACUAUGGGGCAACGACCGCCCAUGGAAUAGAGGCUAUAGGGACCGAAACCGCCCUCCUCGUAGCUAGAGACCGAGAGAAAUCGGCGAUAACACCUACGAUAAUCGACUCCGACCCCAAAGGCCAGAUAACCCGAACCGAUAAGGAGGAGGGUGGAACCAAAACAGAAACUGGGAACGAGGAGAUGACCGAGGCCGCCCUAGCGAACGGAGGGGAAGAACCCCGGAGACGAAAUCGGAAUGACUCCCUAAGCGAGGAAGGAGCUGGCGAAAGCGAUAAGAGCACCGCCUACUACGCCGAAAUCACAGAAAGAGAGGAGGAUUCUUACCUCGUAAUAGAGGCAGAAGAAAGGCGUUAUAUCAAUUUCGCUAUUGACGACGGCCAAGUCAUCGAAGCAAUAAGAAGACCCGACUUCAGGAGAGUUACAAAUAUCACUAAAUCCGCUACCUUCGACUUCUACCUUCCCGGAACCAUACGAGGAAAAGAGGUCAAGGCCCACUUCACCGUCACCGCCGAUAUCGUCGACCAACUCACGCCCCAUUUGCUACUAGGGAUAGGCUUCCUAUACGAGCACGGAGCUAAAGUCGAUUUCGUCUACCCCAGCGUCUCUUUCAGAUCGGCGCAUAGCAUAAUCAUCCGAGGGGAGAUCUUUAAGAAGAGAAUCUCGCCGCUUAACCGAGUGGUAAAGAGCGCCUACACAGUCACGGUGAAGAAAGGCGAAACCGCUUUCAUCCCGGUCACUUAUAAGAACCUACCGGCGACACACAGAUCAGAUGGGAGUAAGGAGGCUUUCUACUUCCAAGGGAAGGAUAAACGCUUUUUCGACAGCACAAUCGACAGAAGCACCCCGAGGAUAGUCAUCUUCCACAACACCGACGGAAAAGACAUUCGGAUCCAUCGGAGGCAACUCAUAGGUCAUAUCAGUAACUACGAAGGCAACGAAACUACGAACUUCAUCGCUAGCGGGUCCGGAACGGUGGAUUUCCCAGGCAUAAUCGGCAAGGAUUUCAGACCAGGGGAGGAAGUCGAGAACGUACUCGUAACCGGCACGCUACCGAUGACAACGACCGAAUUAGAAGAGACAAUCGACAAAGACAACCCAAUCCGUGUCGAUGCCGGACUACCCAAUUACGGGAUCAGCCGCCCUAAAGGCAUUCCCUCGGUAUAG